CGGGAAAAACUUAAUAGUCUAUUAUUAUUACUUCAUUAAAUCAUUUUAUCAAGAUAAAUUGAAUUAAUUUAGUGUAUAACCCGAUCGGAGGUGAAUUAAUUUGUGUAGAAUUAGAUGGAGGUAAAGUCAAAAAAAAUGACACAUCAUCGGGUACGGGUAAGUUUUUUCCGUAUUCACCCCUAUGCAUAAGCUGAGAGACAAUAGUGUUUACUAGUUAAAUAUUUAUCCUCAUGUAAGCUUUACUAUAACUAAGUUAUUUAAUAAAGUAAAAAAUGCAUAUUAAGCAAUCAUGGUGUAUCAAAUUCUUGAUUCUGAAAUUAUAUAUUAGGAGAACAGAAGCAAUUAACUUCAACUCUGUCCUUUCUGUCUACAUUGGUCAAGGUCUAUACUGAUUGAAGUCUUUGCAAGGUGGUUACUUAGCUUGCACAAGCACAACUCCUUGCCCAAUUCUCAGACUACUUUGUACCAGAGUGUUUCAAAUGAAAGAUUCAAGAUGCCACUUCCUUAUUCUUUUCAUUCAACUUGUCUGUAUUCUUAUUAGCUUUUGCCACUACGUAAUGCCAAUAAGAGGUGAAGAUAAUGACACUAGUGUCAUGAAGGUGGAUGUGGGUAUAAUUCUUGAUAUGGAAACAGAUGUGGCAAAAGUAAUGCACACAUGUAUUUUACUAGCAAUUGAAGAUUACCAUGACGCAGCUAGUCGCAAUGCCACUAGGAUAGUACCCCACUUGAGGGAUUCCAAGCAAGAUGAUGUCGAAGCAGCAUCCGCCACCAUAUACUUGCUAAAGGAUGUCCAAGUACAAGCUAUCUUUGGCCCACAAAUGUCUACACAAACUGAUUUUGUGAUUGACUUGGGGAACAGGGCAAAAGUCCCUAUCAUUUCUCCAGCAACAAGUCCUUUACUUUCAGUCAAGGAAAAUCCCUACUUCAUCAGAGGAGCACUUCCUUCUACCAGUCAGACUAAAGCCAUCGCAGCAAUUGUUAAAAACUACAAUUGGAGGGAGGUUGUAGUAAUCUAUGAGGAUAGUCCCGAUGGAACCGGGAUAGUUCCUCAUUUGACUGAUGCCUUACAGGAAAUCAACACUUUAGUCUCCUAUAGAAGUGUUAUUUCUCCUUCUGCCGAUGAAGAUCAAAUCCUUAAAGAGUUAAAUAAUUUGAAUACAAAGCAAACCAGGGUGUUCGUCGUGCACUUGCAACCAUUUCUUGCCUCACGACUUUUCCUCAAGGCGAAAGAAGCCGGAAUGAUGAGCAGUGGAUAUGUAUGGAUCAUCACAGAUGUGCUAACAAGUCUUCUGGACUUGUUAGAUCCGUCAGUGAUUGAGUCAUCAAUGCAAGGUGUUAUUGGUAUAAAGCCUUAUGUUCCAAGAUCAAACGAGCUUAACAAUUUCACCAAGAGAUGGAGAAAAAGAUUUCGACAAGAGUAUCCGGACAUGGACCAAGUAGAACUCAAUAUUUUCGGGCUAUGGGCAUAUGAUAGCAUCACCUCAUUAGCAGAAGCAGUAGUAAAAGUGGGAAAUACUGCAAUCCCAAAAUUCAAAAAAGCUGUUACUAGAAAGAACUUAACGGACUUAGAUGCACUUGGAACUUCAGAAUUGGGAUAUCUGCUCAUUGACUCUAUGCAAAACAUAACGCUAAAAACGGGUCUAAGUGGUGAUUUCCGCAUCGCUAAUGGAGAAUUGCAGCCUUCUCCAUAUCAGAUUGUGAAUAUGAUUGGGACAGGACAGAGAAGCAUUGGAUUCUGGACAGAGAAGGAUGGCAUUUCGUAUAAACUGAAGAUGAAUGGUAAAACAGCUAAAACGAAUAACAACCAACUAGGGACCAUCAUUUGGCCCGGUCAAUCUACUAUUAUUCCGAAAGGCUGGGAUAUAUCCACAAGUGGGAAGAAGCUAAGCGUUGGAGUUCCUGUCAAUGGAGGGCUAGAGCAAUUCACUAAAGUGGAAAGAGGUUCAAACACAGAAAUUGCAACUGGUUUGAGUAUAGAUUUCUUUCAAGAAGUCAUCAAAUUGUUGCCAUAUGCUGUCCCUUACCAAUUUAUUGCAUUUGUAAUACAAGAUAAGCCCUCUUCUCCAGACUAUGAUCAUCUUAUUUUUGAGAAAUAUGAUGCAGUUGUAGGUGAUGUGACCAAUUUAGCGAGCCAAUCCAAGUACGAAAAUUUCACAUUACCUUUUACAGAAUCUGGUAUUUCUGCAGUUGUGCCAGUAAAGUAUAACGACAGGACUUGGAUUUUCUUGAAACCUCUGAAGAGCGAGCUUUGGAUAACAACUGGAGCAUUCUUCGUCUUCAUUGGUUUUGUGGUUUGGGUACUCGAGCAUCGUGUAAACAAAGAGUUUCGAGGACCCAAACGCAAGCAAGUUGGGAUGAUAUUCUGGUUUUCCUUCUCAACUCUCGUUUUUGCUCAUAGAGAGAGGGUUGCAAGUAACUUAACAAGAUUUGUCCUGAUUGUGUGGUUUUUCGUGGUUUUGGUGCUGACAUCGAGCUAUACAGCCAGCUUAUCAUCUAUGUUAACAGUGCAACAGCUCCAACCUAGCAAUGAUCUCAUUCAGAUUGGAGAUUAUGUUGGGUAUCGAGAAGGUUCCUUUGUCAAAUACGUCUUGAAGCGACUGAAUUUUGACAGUUCCAAGUUAAGAAGUUAUAGCACAUUGGAAGAGUAUAAUGAUGCACUCUCAAGAGGAAGUAAAAAUGGAGGUGUUGCUGUAAUUUAUGAUGAACUAUCUAACCUCAGACUCUUCCUCAACAAGUACUGCCGGAAGUAUAUGAUGGUUGGUCAGACUUUCAAGACUACUGGCUUUGGAUUUGCACUUCCAAAAGGGUCACCUUUGGUACCUGAUAUCUCAAGCGUAGUCAUGAAAAUGAUGAAGCAAGGAGAGAUUACGAAAAACAAAAUACAGAAAUAUUCUGAGAAUGAAACAGACUGUCCACAGAACAAUGGAACAACUGAUAGUCUCACGGUAGAUAGCUUUAAGGGCCUUUUCCUCAUAGCUGGUGUAUCAGCAGGUUCCGCUCUUCUAAUAUUCUUCCUCAUCUUCCUUUAUCAUCAUAGAGAAAUCUUAGCCACUGAUGAUUCAAUAGGGCAAAAGCUUUCUGCAAUAGCAAAAGCCUUUGAUGAAGAGAAACAUAAAUCUAAUUCUGUCAAUGAAGAAAGCCAAGCAGCUACAGUACUGUUUGCAGCAAGUGAAGUUUCCCCUGUAAUAUUGCCCGAUGUUCCUUCACAAAGCCUAGAAAUCAGAAUCUCCGAUGGCCUAGGAGCAUCCCCUGCUGAUGAAGGGUCCUCUACAACAGAACCAGCAACUCCAGAUCAUGAAACCAAUGCAUAGACAUUUUAACUUUGCAAAUCUUGGCCUUGAUAUUUGCGUCAAGAAGCAGCUUCAGAACUUGAUCUGAUGGAUUUAACCUUUGAUGGUUGUUACCUAUUGUAUUAUUUAUUCCCUGUGUGCCAAUUUAUGUAGCAAAGUUGUGAUCUAAAACAAUCACUGACCAUUUAUUGGCCAUAAAUCAUCCACUAUAUCAUCUUUCUUAUUCUAAAAGUGUUUUCCCUUGCUUAAUUAAUGUGCCCUUAUCGUAAUCAAGGCUCUUAAGACAUGUUUUUCC